AUGGAGUAUUUAGGGCAUAUUGUAGAUGUCCAAGGAAUACGACCAUUACCAGAGAACCCUAUUGAAUGGCCUGAGAAAAAAAGGAAUGCCGAUCCUGUGGGAGGAGGCGCAGAAAAACGAGCUAAAGAGGCAAAACAGCUAGAUAUUCUUGCACACUAUGACCCGCAAAUACUAGUAGUUUUGGCAACAGAUGCCUCUGAAUAUUUCUUAGGGGCAGUAGUUUACCACAGAAUGCCGGAUGGGAAAGAAAAUGUGAUAGCAUACGCAUCCCGGACGCUGACAAAAGAACAGAGGAAUUAUUGA